GCAAUGUUAGAGCGCUCUGUUCCCACUGCGAUUCCGACAUGGGUUUCACUUGAAUUGGAAUAAUUUCGGUAUAUAAGUCCACGUCUUCUUUAUAUUUUCCGCAUUCACCAUGCUAGGCUUUAAUUUCUUCAGUAAAAAACAAUGGGAGGUCUCCUCCAUCCCUGAUCUGACUGGUCGCGUCGCUAUUGUGACAGGAGGAAAUACUGGACUUGGAUAUAUCACUGUUCGUGAACUGGCCCGCAAGGGUGCUCGAGUAUAUAUGUUAAGCAGAACGGAAACUCGCGCCCUCGCCGCCAUUGCGAAAAUCAGGAAGGAACUGGAUUCUGAACUCAAACCUGAGCUUGAAUACAUCAAGUUUGAUCUUUUGAGUCUCAAAUCUGCAAAGGAAGCAGCUGAAGAGUUCAUGCGUCGUGAGAAAAGGUUGGAUAUCUUGGUGAACAAUGCUGGUAUUAUGGCUACCCCAUAUGAGCUUGGCCCUGAUGGAAUUGAAAUACAAGCCUGCAACGGGACUGGUCACUUCGCAUUGACUGUUUCUCUCCUUCCUUUACUGAAAGAGACUGCCGCCAUGCCAGACUCGCAUGUUCGAAUAGUGAAUGUCACAUCUGCUGGCUACCUUUUUGCGCAUAUGGAGAAACCUAACUUCACUUCCCUUGAGGCUUUGAAUCAAAAAGCCUGGUCAACAUGGGGGAGGUAUGGCUUAUCAAAGUUAACGAACAUCUUGUUCACCAACGAGCUUCAGAAGCGUUUCGCUGAAUCGGGAAUCACGAGCAUAUACUGUUUAUCUGUUCAUCCUGGUGCUGUAAAUACUGAACUGACACGCGGACCUCUACAGUCGUGGCCCUUCCUUGCGCCUCUAUGGUCUCUUGCAAAGUUGUUAACUAUGACCCCUGAACAAGGUGCUUUAACACAACUCUAUGCGGCGACUUCUCCAGAAAUUGAAGAGAAGGAUCUAAAAGCCGCAUUGCUAUUUCCUAUUGCCCAAACGAAAUCCAAGUCGUCUCUUGCGAAAGAUAAGGAUGGUAAACUAGGUGGUGAUUUUUGGACUCUUUGCGAGGCACUGAUUAGGCAGAAAGCUUGAGAGUCGAAGCAAACGUGGGGUCGAAUACUUGGUUGUGUAGGCGAACGAUACAUGUCUGCUACUGGUCCUUUGUGACUGUUGGCGACGGUAUAUAAUAUGUAGAACCGCAAUUUUUUAUCAAAGGCGGGAGUGGAGCUUACCAACCCGCACUCUUCGGUGCCAGAUUAUGU